AUGUUUGGGUUGAAGAAGAGCGAAGAACCUCAAGACCACGUUCUUGCUGGUGAGGUGCACGAUGAUCCUGGCCACGCCCACGACGCGGUAUUUGGGAGGCUCACUGAACACGGUCCGAAUUAUCGAAACGUCGGUUGGCUGGGCACCGCAGGCCUCAUGAUGAAAACACAGCUCGGCCUCGGCAUCCUCUCCAUCCCUUCCGUAUUCGACACUCUGGGCAUGAUUCCCGGGCUUAUCUGUCUAUGUGCCGUGGCUGCCAUCACUACUUGGUCCGACUACGUAGUCGGCGUGUUCAAGCUUCGCCAUCGCGAGGUCUACGGCAUUGAUGAUGCAGGUAGACUGAUGUUCGGGCGAGUCGGUCAAGAAAUCUUCGGCUUUGCUUUUGGUCUCUAUUGGACUUUUGUUUGUGGCUCAGCUAUGUUGAGCGUAUCCAUAGGACUAAAUGCUGUGUCUUCCCAUGGGACUUGCACUGCUAUAUUCAUGGUUGUAGCCGCUAUUACUGGCUUCAUCUUUGCCAGUAUCCGCACAUUGGGCCGGAUUAGUUGGCUGGCUUGGGUUGGCCUCAUUUGCAUCAUCUCCUCUGUUAUUAUCAUCACCAUUGCAGUCGGAGUUCAGGAUCGGCCGGCUUCUGCACCUAAAGAUGCCGUUUGGGUGUCCGACUACAAACUUUUCAACACUCCAAGCUUUACUGAGGCCAUUUCUGCUAUAUGUGCGCUCAUUUUCGCAUAUGCGGGUACACCGGCUUUUUUCUCGAUUGCAGCUGAGAUGCGAGAUCCCAACUACUACACGCGGUCGCUGGUGUUAUGCCAAACGGUAAUUAGCGCAUGCUAUAUUGCAAUUGGUUGCGUUGUGUAUUACUUUUGUGGCUCAUAUGUCGCUUCGCCAGCGCUUGGGUCUGCAGGAAUCUUGAUCAAGAAGGUCAGCUAUGGGAUUGCUCUCCCCGGUCUUAUUGUCACUACCAUGCUCACUUGCCAUCUGGCAAGCAAGCAUGUCUUUGUUCGUAUCCUGCGAGGAUCCAGACAUCUCGCUGCCAACACCUUCAUUCAUUGGUCAUCUUGGCUUGGCUGUACUCUCGUCAUUACCGUCAUAGCAUAUAUUAUCGCAAGCGGCAUUCCCAUCUUUGGUGGACUUGUUUCUUUGAUCGGCGCGUUGCUUGCUACAUCUUUGUCGUUUCAACCCAUGGGCUGCAUGUGGCUUUACGAUAAUUGGAGUAGCGGUAAGACAGAUCGAUCGGCUAGCUGGUUGUUUGGGGUCUGCUGGAGCAUAUUCGUCAUCAUACUCGGAUCAUUUUUAACUGUCGUGGGAACGUAUGCCUCUAUCGUCGGUAUCAUAGACUCGUACCGCGUUUCUGGAGGGUCUGCAGCUUGGUCUUGCGCCGACAACUCUGGAUCCAGUUAG